GACAGACAGACAGACAGAGAGACAGACGGUCCCUACCCCCCGGAGCCCGCGGCCCAGGGCGGGCGGCAGAAUCCAACCUCAGCUCGCCCAAGAGAAAAGUGAAGGAUGCCAUAUCUGUACAUGCGUCACACCUGGAGAACCUCAUGUGUUCUUGAGGAAGGAUAAGGCCUUUACUUUUGACUACGUGUUCGAUAAUGAAUCACAGCUAGAACAAAUCUAUGCCCAGUACAUAGAAAAACUCAUCGAAGGUUGUUUUGAGGGAUAUAAUUCCUCCGUUUUUGCCCAUGGACAAGAAAAUGUGACUGAUAAGAAGAUCAUAUCUGAAUCACUUCCGAUGAAUGAAUUUGAAACCCUCACUGCCAAAUUCCACUUUGUUGGACUUCCAGGAUCAGAGAGAUUAAAAUGAACAGGAGCUACUGGAGAGAGCAACAAAGAAGGAAUUUCUAUCAACUGUGGACUUUUGGCACUUGGCAAUGUAUUAAGUACCCUGGGAGAUAAGAGUAAAGAGGCCAUUCAUGUACCCUAUCAGGAUUCCAAACUAACAAGGACCCCCUGGGGGAAAACAGCUAAUUACCAGGCAGACUUAGCCAACAUCACUUGUGAAAUUGCGAUAAAGCCAAAGCUGAUCGAUGGACUCAAAAACAGUCAGCGAAGGCUGCAGACCCCGAAGAAGCAGUACGAAGAGAAAGUAAUGAUGCUGCAGCGUAAAAUUCGGGAUACUCGGCUCGAAAGAGAUCAAGUGCUUCAGAAUUUAGGCCUGGUGGAAUCUUGUUCAGAAGAGAAAGCCAAAAAAGUUGAAUCUGAAUAUAAGAAGCCGCAGACCAUGAGUAACUCCAGACUGCUCAGAAAGAGCAUGCACGUGUGCUGAAAAGUCAAACUCAAUAUGAAAGACAGCUGAAGAAAUUGCAGCAGGAUGCGACAGAAAUGAAAAAGGCAAAGGUAUGCUUAAUGAAACAAAUAUAAGAAGAACAAGAUGACAGAAUCUCGAAGAAACCGAGAGAUUGCGCAGCUUAAAGACCAACAGAAACGAGACCAUCAAUUCAGGCUUUUGGAAGCUCAGAAAAGAAAUCAAGAAGUGGUUUCUUCGACAUAAAACCGAAGAGGUCGUGGAACAGAACCUCCAGUUACUUCCGGGAAAUCUUUGUGACUGUGGAGAGAAAUGGAAUGACUUCAAAGAGGAGGCGAAUGAUGCAUUUUCCUCACUGUUUCAGGAAGAAAUACCUGAAAAGGGAAAUGACCCGUCGAGCGCUCACGUCAAAAACUGCCCGGAUGAAGUGGCAACGACUUGAACAUAGGGUCACAGAGAAUGACAACUUCCGCAACGUGAAGAACUCACAGAAAGAAGAGAGAAACUUUCAGAAAGAAGGGAGCAGGCCAUCAAAGAGAAUGGAGAUGGGGAUAAAAAUGUACAUAGCACUAAUGAGGAGACGGAAUCACCAACUGCGAACAUCGAUUACAUCAAUGAUAGUGUUUCUGACUGUCAAGCCAGUAUCAUGCAGAUGGAGGAAGCAAAGUUCUCCGUCAACUAUGGGUCCUUUCCCAUGGACGUUCCUGGUCUUGGGGUAUCUGCUGUCAGGUCUGCGACGCGGAGCCUUCCAGUCCCCGGUUCCCGCCAUGACGCCGAACGAGGAGGAGCUGGUGUUGCCCCUGAACAGGUCAUUCUCCCUGUGGUGCACCGGGGACAGCGAGAUCAGCUGGCGGUUCCCCACGCUGGAUGACGAGAGCUCCGGCGUGUCCAUCCGCGGUGAGAAGAACAACUGCAGCAACUUCCUGUCCGUGCUGGAGGUGGCCAACGCCUCGGCCGUGCACACUGGCCUCUACACCUGUUACUACAACGACACGCAGGCCCAGGGGACCGGGAUCAUAGGCCGGAAUAUCUACGUCUACGUGCCUGAAGCCGACCAUGGCUUCCAUCCGGGGGCGCUGGAAGGGGAGAUCUGUGGUUGGGGGUUGGACCGGCCCCCUUACAGAAAUGGCGGGGGGCUGUUCUGCCAGUGA